GCUCGUUUUAUGGGACGAUAAAACAAGCGAAUCGUUCUGGUGUUGAUGGACCGAGUGCAAGUCUACCAAACGGCCAAACCCCACGCGCUGCUUUCCACAUAUGAAACGACCGAUAACCCUCUAGGCCUGUGCUGUCUCUCCUCGGACCGCAUUGCCUUCCCAGGCAGGGCGAUCGGCCACGUCCAGCUCGUUGAGGUUGAAACCGGCAAUGUCAGCAUCAUAACCGCGCACACGUCGGCGCUGCGAGCGAUGGCCUUGAGCCAGGAUGGCGAGUUGCUGGCUACGGCGAGCGAGAUGGGAACCAUCAUCCGCGUCUACGCAACAUCCAACUGUGCUCGAUUAUACGAGCUGCGCCGCGGUAUCGACAAAGCCAUCAUCUUCUCCAUCGGAUUCAGUCCCUCUGGCAAGUAUCUAGCCUGCACCUCCGACAAAUCGACACUCCACGUAUUCGACGUGACUCGCCCCGGCGGCACAAGACCGAUUACUAGCAACGGCGGCACUGCCUAUGCCGCCGGCGAACCUUCAGUUACGAGCAACAACCGCCCUUCUAGCCCUUACUCCGUCGCAUCAAGCAGUGGCGGCGGCGGUGGUGUCAUGGUCAAUAGCAACAUUGGCGGUUCAGACAUGGCCGCUGACGAUGGACAAGGUCGCUGGGGCUUCCUCUCCAAACUCCCUCUCAUGCCGCGCAUCUUCUCAGACCCAUACUCCUUUGCCUCCGCCAAGUUCGAGAUGGCUGACGAGCCCGUGUCCAACGGCAGCCGCGAGCCGCUCACGCGUGACGGGGGCCUAGCCAUCAUCGGGGGCCCGCUCAAGGGCAAUCUGGGCUGGAUCAGCGAGACGGAGAUGGUGGUCAUUGGAGCUGGGAGAGACCCCAAGUGGGAGAAGUUUGCGAUCCAGGAGGGCGGGCAGCAGGAUGGGUAUCAGGGUGGAGGACGCCGGCUGGUCAGGGUUGGGUGGAAAAGAUAUGGUGGGGAGACGCCUUAGGUGGACGAACGGUUGGGGGAUUGGACACUUGUACCGGCGUUGAAGGGAAGUGAUGAUGGAUCUGACGAUUCCGUUCUCAAGUAGCAUUGUCUGGGGGUUUAUGGAGGAAUCAUAGGAGGUGUGUGUGCAACGACAUCCACGCAGGGUCUGGGUCUGCAGUAUUACAUCGUUUGGUUCAUCCGUUGUAUCUGGGGGUGUCUGAACGGUAACAGCGUUUUCAGGUUGUUGCACUUUAUAACAAGACGUAGGAUUGUACAUCGUCACGAGCAUAUUGAGGCAUUAGAUUAGGGAAGCGAGUACAAAUACUCUAAAUACAAACAUCUU